CGAUCUACCGACAUUCAAUGUCAGAGCCAUGUUUGCAUGGAGGAAAGACAGCAGUGAUCCAGGGCUGUGUGCAACAAGAUGGCUCCAGGCAGGGGAAACUAAACUGGCCAGCGGAGAGUCCAUAUUGUACUCCGGACACCCAGAAGACACAUCAUCACAUACAGAGGGAGUAGGUUUCAUGUUAUCCAAAGAAGGACAGAGGGCCCUCAUCAGCUGGGAAUCCAUCAACUCUAGAAUCAUAACAGUAAUGUUCCGUACCACAUAAAGAAAUAAACCUUCAAUUAGUACAAUGCUAUACCCCACCAAGGGAUGAAGACACCGUGGACAAGUUUUACAACCAACCAACAACAAAGACGUCAUGAUUGCAGUGGUCUGUACAGACUACAACUUGAUCAUAGGAGGAUUGGUUUUCUCACACAAAUACAUGCACAAUGCAACAUGGGUGUCACCCAACCACACAACAAAUCUGCAUUUACCAAAAGUUUAGACGCUCACUGCCAGAGUGACAAGGACCCUGGAUCAGACCACCACCUAAUAAAAUAAAAAAACUUUACUUAACUAGGGCAAGGAGGGGUAGAAACAGACUAACACUGUAGCUACAUCUCAGAGUCAUCAUCGUCCUCCACACCUUCCUCUGUCUGUCUGAUCAGGGUAUUCUGAUCAUUCUCCUCAGAAGAAACACCAUGGUCAACAAUAGCACUUGGUCCUCCGGUGGGGGUACAGCAUGCAACAACUCUUCCUUUUGCUGGGGCCAAAACACCAAUGGCACCAAUAGUUGGGGGAUGUUACCAUUUGGCGAGUUUUUCUGGUCAUUCCUCAGCAUGAGCAUGGACGAGGUGAUGCACCAGUGUCGCAUACUUGGCAAUUCCACUGUCUGGUUGAGCAUCAAGAUCUUCAUUCUGUUUACGGGUCUUCCAGCCAACCUGGGCCUGCUGUGGAUGUUGAUGAGCAGCAAGAAGGCCCUAUCAGCAUCCGAGGUCCUGGUCCUCAACUUGUCCAUCCUGGACAUCCUGUACUGCCUCUGCCUGCCCGUGGACAUCUACACUGCCAUGCACCACGACACGUCCAAACAGAUGCUCUCAGCGGCCAGAGCCCUCUCGGCCUUCAACAUCUUCGGCUGUCCUCUCCUGCUGGCCUGCAUGUGUGUGGAGCACUAUCUAGUGGCAGCGCGGCCCGUGGCCUACAUGCGACUGGGGAAGUGGAAGUACCACGUUGGGGUGUGCGCCCUGGUCUGGCUCCUCACCCUGGUGGUGAUGCUGCUGGCCUACUUCCAGGGGGUGUUCUCCAUAGCUCUGUACUUUGCCGUCACCAUUUCAGUCCUGUUUCUGAUCAUGCUGCUGUGUCUGGUGGGCAUCAUGUGGUCGAUGUGCCAGAGUGGGACUGGGGAGGGCUCUGGGGAGAGGUCGGGGGGCAGCAUGAACCUUUUGAGGAGAUCUCUGAAGAACAUCUUGCUCAUCCUGGUGCCCUCGGCGGUGGCCUACACUCCUCUAGUGGCCCUGGUGCCCUUCAUGUCCGUGUGGCACCCAGAGAAGGAGGACCAAGUGGCUAACCGCAUACACUGCUGCAUCCUCCAGUUGCUCCUGGCCGUCCCCAACUUCGGCCUGUACAUUGGACCCUUGUUCUACAUGUCCCGCUUCAGACAGCUGCUCCCCUGCUGCAGGAAGGGGGAUAAUAAAGUGCUAGCAGACUCCAAGGCACAGGCAGAAUAGGCUAUCUUUCAGGUGUAUUUAGAUAUACAGGAAAUAGUUCGAUCUCCCUGUGAUCCGGUAUGAAAUGUAUAUUUAUGACAGUUAUCAAGUUAAAUAUGUUUGAAUCGUAUUUAUAUUUUUCUAGCCUGGGCAACACCAACUAGGCACAAACGGGUUGAAUCAACAUUCUUUCAACGUCAUUUGUUAAUAUAUUGUGAUGUGGAGUCCACGUGGAAAAUACAUUGGAUUUGAAAAAAGUAAUCAAUGUGAACUGUUGUUUCGAGGGUGAAAUGUUAUCCACAUGGUUAUGUCAUCAUGGUAUCCACAUUUCAACAAAGUAAAAUCUUGUAUAAAAUAUGUUGAAUUUGUAUCUUCAAUGUUAUAUCCACUAUCAGAAAAAUAUAUAUAAGCUGCAUACAGUACAUCUUCGCAGGUCUGUGGAGAUCUUCACAAUUGCUGUAAUAAUAUGCUCAGAAUCUCAAACGUCAUUGAUCAUUGUACUUUGUACAUCAUGUACAUUUAAUGGAAUCUCAACUGCAAUCCAGGUCAUUUGGUUCUGCAAUCCAGGUCAUUUGGUUCGGCAAUUGAGGUCAUUUGGUUCUGCAAUCCAGGUCAUUUGGUAUUUCCAUAUAAAACUUUGCUGUGAUUUUAAAUGGCUUAAAACGCAGUGAUAGACUAGAUAGAUAGAUUUGGUUGAUAACUAAACCAAAAACCAGACGUUGCUUUUCCAAUGGAAUUUGGUUGUGCUUUUAGAUGGUUGAAAGCAUAGAGAUAGCCCAUUUCAAAAUGUUUUGAUUGGGUGAAUAUAGGUUGUAAUUUCAUUGAUCCAUGUCCCAACCAAAUAUGACUGAUUUAUCCACAUUGAAAUGACGGGGUGUGCCCAUGGGCAGUGUGUUUGUGCUAUCAUGCCCCUCCUCAUCAUGCCAACAUGACGAGGAGUUGACAUGAUAGCUAAAACAGAACUGG